CUGUGUAUUUCUGUCCCGGAGCCUCAAACCGGGACUAUCGGACGGAGAACAUGCGGGCAGCGGGGCAGCGGCUGGCCGCGGUGCUGGCUGUGUUUGCCGCAGUGUUUGGCGGCUCGCAGGCGGAGAUGAUCGAUGACGUCCUGGGCAGCCUCUCCAGGGGAGCAUCCUUCCUGGAGCGGCAGCACGAACACAUCAACCUGGACGGGGUGGUCGGGUUCCUCAUGCUGCAGGCCGAGCUGAAGGAGGCGGUGCGGACAUGGCCUCACAGCGACCCGGUCAGCUGGGCUCAAAGGACGUCCGCUGUUGCUCUGGUCAAACGUCUCGACCAAACCUUCGCCAAGGCCGUCGCGGCGCUGCAGCAGAACGACCCCAAAUACUACCGAGAGUUUGAGCCGCUGCUGUCGUGGAGUUUCUACCUGGUUCCUCAGGAGUGGAGCUCCACAGACCCCAGCCUGGUGUAUCCCUCCACCAUGACCACCGAAUGCUACGACGAGCAACUCAGUGACAAAUGUCUCACGCUGCUGCUAGGAACCUGGAAGAUGAAUGGGACGCCCUGCAUCGUCACCAAACCCUGCAGGGACACCAUGACUCGCUUCGGCUGUCCUCACUACUCUCUGUCCCACCAGCUGCUCUACUUCAUGAUCGGGAAGAUGCGCGGCUGCACCAACCUGCUGAAAGGUGACACUCGAGCAUCCCGAGCCAACAUGACCGAACUCAGCUACCAGAAGAUCUUCUGCUCCAACAUGAUGAAGACGAACCAGGACAUCAUCAGAGAUGGCCUGACGGAGCAGACGGUCGACAUCUUCAUCGAAAACAUCCUGAUUUGUGGACUGGCCGGUUUCUCCGACUUCUACAAAGCCGACUGGCUGCAGCACAUCCUCCGGCUGCAGGACGAGGAGGUGGGCUGCUUCGGGAGAGACAAGAGCAUCAUCUCUCAGAUCAUCGGGGACGAGCUGCUGGAGCAGCUGCAGCCGCUCAGGAGAGUGAAGAGGAGGGAGAAGAUACUGCCAGACGGCUGCUCCAGUCACAUGACGGCGGUGGCUGUUGGCGCUCUGGGCGGAUACCUGAACUACUACCUGACAGAACAGGACAUAACGAAGAGGCCGCUCUCCUGAACGCCACACACACACACGGACACACACGGACACACACACACACACACACACACACACACACACACACACGCAAAGCAUUGUAGCUCAUCAGGCAGAGACACUAUAUGUUACUUUAUGAACAUAGUCAGUCGUAAGAUGAUGAAUAAUCCUAAUAAAUCUCUGGGAUGUGGCUGUUUGGCAGACUUUUAUAUUUUUCAUAU